AAAAACCCUCCUGGUGUUCUGGAGAUUUUUUUUGUUUUUGUGAUUUUACUACUGCCGAUGAGUAAACUCUACCCGUGGAUCCCGCUGCUAGUAAAUCAGGUGGAAAAUCUGUCCUCGGCGCUUAGGUCGCCAGCCCGUGCUGUGUUUUCCAGCUAGUACGUUUUCGUUUUUCCAGCGCGUGUGUAUGUGUGCGCGCGUAUGUGUGUGACGUGGUGCAUUUAUUAUGGUGUACGAAAAUUAUGAGGGGUGGAGUCGAUGAUUCGUCAUAGUUCGUGCGUUUGUCGAGUGGCCUUUGAGUGAUCUCGCAGCAGAAUUCUUACGGAAAUUCGAAUCACUUUAUGCUUUCUGUGCCAACAAGCAUUGAAGUUUAAGUGUGUCGACACUUAAACCGUGCGUAUGUGUGCGCGAGCGUCGCUGUGUUGGUGAAGUGAUCGUGUGCAUCGAAGAGUUUUUGGCGUGUUCGUGCGUGAAUCCCCGAGAAAAUAUUUCCAGUAAGAUAAGCAACCCACCCCUGGUCUAUUGUGAAUGCCUUCUCUGCACUUUUACGCACAAAGGUGACGGUAUUAUCGUGUUUUCGCCGUGUUGGCCGUUUUAGUAAAGUUUCUUCGUGGAUCGAUGUGAGAUUUUUCGCUGGAAAUAAACUCUCGUGCAGGUUUCCUUGACGCACAUCCUGCAUUCCUACCAGCAGCUACUAGUGCUUAUCAGCAGCAUCCUAUUUCCCUGUGAACUCGCGUUCCGACAGCGCUCAGCAAGAUGAUGAAGAACCUUUUCGGCCGUAGCCGAACGAAAGAUUCGGAGCGGAAUAAAAUCUCGGAGAUCGGAAUGCCAACCAAUGUCGUGCAUGGGCUGCAUGUCACCAAGAAUAAGCAGACGGGCCACUUCGAGGGGCUACCCAAAUCGUGGUGCCGCAUGGUCGAUGCGCUGAUAACGGUCGACGAACAGAACCAGAACCCCGAAGCGGCCUACCAGGCGGUCAAGUUCUACAGCUACUCGAUUAAAAAGAAGGAAGCGACGGAACCGUUCAAACCGUUCAUCACCGAAGAUGUCAUCCACGAGGAAACGGAAUCGAUCGACCUGUAUCUCGAUCAGAAAAAUAUGCACAAAAGCGAGGAUUCGCUGGAGGGUAGCAGUGAAGAGAGUGAACCAGCGCCACAACCCCAACUUCCACCGCCCCUACCGAAGAAGAGCGCCACCUUGCAGCCGAAACCACCGAAACCGCAGCUGAAACCGAAACCGAAAAACUACUCCAGUAAAUUGUACAAGGGCAUAGACGAUCUGCAUCUGAUCGAUGCCGGCAGCAAUAACAAGGAAACGAUGAUCAUUCACCCCGACACACGGCAGACCAUCGAUACGCACCAAAGUUGUUACGAGCUCGGUACCAGCGGGAACCACAACAACAACAACAUCAACAGUCUCGAUCAGGAACCGGACCUCGGCGAGGGUGAUCUGAUUCUGCGGCCGAAGGAGAAGCUGGCCCGCCAACCAAAAUCGGACGAGCAAGUGUACCGAGAGCUGAAAAGUAUCUGCAACCUAAGCGAUCCGCUGCAGCGGUACGAAAAGACGGUGGAAGUCGGCAAGGGUGCGUCCGGGGUAGUGUUCAUUGCGCAUGAUCGCCAAACCGGCCAGAAGGUAGCGAUCAAGACCAUCGACAUGAAGAACCAAUCGUCGAAGGAGUCAAUACUGAACGAGAUCAACGUCCUGAUGGACUUUAAUCACAAGAAUUUGGUCAACUUUCUCGAGGCGUACUACCUCGAGGAUGUCGAUCAGCUGUGGGUGAUCCUCGAGUACAUGGACGGGGGACCGCUGACGGACGUUGUGACCGAGACAGUGAUGAAGGAUCGCCAGAUUGCGGCCGUCUGUCGGGAGGUGCUCAUGGCGAUCAGUUUCCUGCACUCGAAAGGCAUCAUCCAUCGUGACAUCAAAUCGGACAACGUGCUGAUGGGGAUGGACGGAUCGGUGAAGGUGACCGAUUUCGGUUUCUGUGCUAACAUCGAGGGUGACGAGAAGCGACAAACGAUGGUUGGUACACCGUACUGGAUGGCACCGGAGGUCGUCACACGAAAGCAGUACGGUAAGAAGGUCGACAUCUGGUCGCUGGGCAUCAUGGCGAUCGAGAUGAUCGAGGGACAACCUCCGUACCUCAACCAGCCACCCCUGCGUGCGCUCUACCUGAUCGCGGCCAACGGUCGGCCUGAAGUGAAGAGCUGGGACAACUUGUCGGACAAUCUGAAAGACUUUCUGGAUCGCUGCCUGCAGGUCGAGGUCGACAUGCGGGCAUCGGCCGACGAGCUGCUGCGCCAUCCGUUCCUGCAGGACUGCAUGGAGCUACGAACACUGACGCCGCUCAUCAAGGCAGCACGCAGGCUGCUGAAACGAGACAACUGAACUGUCCGUGCAUCCGUAAUCCCCGUGGCGCAUCCUCUUCCGGUAUGAAGUGUCCUCCAUGUUUUGUUUUUAUGAAACUCAUUAGGCAACACCCGGGGCGUUAUCGGUGUAUCCGUAUAGCGAGUGGUUCGCAAACUUUGCCGUAUGUGUGGCUGUGAGAUUUAGUGCCUUUCUGGCUAAAACCCUUCGAUGAUGCGUUUGCGUACGAACCAUAGCGAACCGCGGACGGUUGUCGGUGUUAGUAAUGGAAGUUCUUUUUUUUUUUAAUGAUUGGUGCAACACAUUUAAUAGACAGGGCGAGGAGGUGAUAUGGCAUCAAAAACACGGUGAUCAUUUGCUUCUUGCCGCGUAGAAGCACCACCGUAAGCGAUAGUGCUCUGCAGUGCGUUCACAACGGCCCGUAAAAGGCAGAAAGACGGCAGGCUUAAAGAUAAGAGAAGUAGAGCUAACGACGGCUCGUCCCACAAUCGAAGCAAAUCAAUGGGCGCACACACAGGGACGGCAGCGAAUAGAAAUGAUAAGGGCAACAUCGACCAGGUUCCGAUGGCGAUCGAUGGGGUUACAUUGGGUUUGGUAGACGUGCAUUCAACAUGUGUUAGUAGCCGCCGCCAAACCGUGUUAUCUUCCAAAAGAACUAAGCUUUGAUUUUUGGGCAUUUUUUGUAUUUGGUAAUGUCCACAUCGUUACGUCUGUCUGGUUGCAAGGUGGCAGAGGAAAUACCUAAAUAUUUCUCGAUUAUUUAUCAGUUCCGUUAUGUUAAGUUUUAUGGGUUCCGUUAUGGGCGAUUCCGUUACGUUAAAAUUGGAAGACUUUUGCCACGAUGAAGAGAUGACGGGAGAUGAUACGGAACGACAAAUGGCCGCCUGUAUGCGUUGGAGUUCGCGCAAACACAAGAGCAUGUCACUGAGAGUGUCCCUCUGGGGGUUGGAGCCCAACAACGAUAGUAAUGUUCCUUCGCGAUUAGCCGUAACCAAACCGCUCCGACUGCAACCGACGACAGUGCGACAGGCAAAGUAGGGUUGGAAAAAAGAGUAAGCCAUGAAGUGCGACGACGUCCGCUUGACUCGAGACAACGCACACAAGAAGACAAAAACGGUUGGUUCCGUCUCCGUGGUGUUUUAGCUCGGCGGUCGUGUAUGCUGCCAGUGUGCCUUGGCUAUGCGGUCUGGAGCAAACCUCCUCGAUUCAGUAUCACACAAAUACACACACUCGAUGGCCUCAUCGAAGACGGCGACGGAGGUCGUGACGAUGUCGUCUCUGCUGCUCUGCUGUAAGCUCACGUAUAGUCAAUUAUAAUGCCCAGACAGUCUUUAGCAGGCCGAGACAAGCAUCAUCACAAGGAAGAGGGAGGCAGACAUAGCAGCACAAACCCGGUCGUCCUCCAAAACCUGCAGAGCCUGCUCCUACCGCUGCUGUGCGUGUCUUACACUUCUUCCGGCCUCACCGGGGAGUUCAUGGGGAAACGUGAACAGAAAUUGCAUUCAAUCAGCCAACCAACCAAACUGUGUGCUGCCGGCUGUUGAGUAGCAACCGCAGCCUGCCUGCUGGGUUGACGCAUGAUUCUAUUACAAUUUACAUCUCAUUGUGGAAAAUCACGCUGGCACGGUGCAGGGUGUAGCACUGCUCUGUUCUGUCGCCGCAUGGUAGUUUGCCGGAACGUUCGGAAGCUUUGGUUAGCACUUUUUCUUGUGUGCACCGAUCUUGAGACGACCGUUUGCCAAGACCACCCAUUUGCCCACCGGCACGCUCCAGUGACGGUAAUUCAUAAUCUAAUGGCAACAGCCCCAGCGUAUACACCAUGACGCUUGCGGUGAAACAUGGAGUAUUCUGUUAGCCAACAAGAACAUAUAACAUGUGUGUAUCAUGGAUUCGUACCCUCCGACGUCCAUGUGUCACCAACUGUAGGAGGUGGCAGCCAUGUGUGUGCUAGUACGGGCAGAGCUCUUCUCUUUAUGUUUCUGCUUCGAAAGUUGGAGAAAUUGGUAAGAAAAAGCAUUAUCCGGUAGCCAGUUUCAUCUUUGCACACGCUACCCGCAUGCUACACACACACACUCUGCCCGUCUGGAAGCCGUCGUCCCAUUAGGGCAUUGGUGCUCGGUCGGCUGAAUGUUUAAAAAUAAAAUGUUCUCGAAAACAUAAAUAUGCUACCCGACAGAAGCCAUACGUCGCGGCCUUCCUAGCCUGAGCACCGUUCUUGGCGUUCUCGGUUGCUGGCAAAAAAAUUUUAACGGUCUGUUUCGUGACGAUAGCAUAGCCGGGUCAGAUCACACGCCGUACGGCAUCCGAGAUAAUUUGGAAGCUGGAUAAUCCCGGGAAAUCAUCAUCACAGAGCAACAGCACUCUUUACCGCAUUCCAUUAGCACAUUCCACUAACGAUCGAUCCAGCAUAGAGCAACCCUUAGCGAUGGAAACCGUGGAAAACACUUCGUAGAUGAUCGGUUCAUCGUCUAAGCUUCACUCUCUUAACCGCCUUGUAACUCUCUUUAGCCGGUGAAAGCCAGUUUAGAGACCUGUCGCCGUGGAAGAAAGAGAAAUAACGUUUGGCUGCGUUAAACCCGAUGAGUCAUGGAUGAUUUUCACGAAGUCCCGAAGUAGAAACUGAAGCGAGAGAAGGUAAAACCGUCGCCACACGCUACCACCAAUGCCUGAGCAUUAGUCUGGGCCUUUAGUAAACAUUGCAUCAAGGUAGCCCGUACGAUGAUUCAUCAUCUCGAACAAACUGAAGAGAGGAAGAGAGGGGAUCAUUAUCGCCUCUCUGCGGUUAUGGACGCUCUAGUCAGGCUAUAAAAAAUCGAGAAACCUUGUCUCUGGUGACAAGAAUGGCAAAUCCUAAGCAAACCGGCAGGCGCACAGGCCGACGCAGAUAUCGGUAUGCAAAAUGCGAGAGCUUGCGGUUCGAUAGCGAUAGUGGUAGCGUUGUCACAUCGCAAUAGACACGUGCUAGCAUAAGCGGUACGCGGGGUACCGCUAACGACGACAACAAAAGGGCUGCCGGUGUCGCAUGGAUUUCCCAUCCGUCACGAGCAAAUAUUGAGUUGUUCAUAGUAACCGUCGCCAAAGCAUAGGAAUGGUGAUGGAUGUUUUUUGUUGCUUUUUUUUUCUUCUUACAGCUAGUAUUCAACUGCCACAUUUGAUCCAAAAUGGCAAUUGAUUUUUCAAUCCCUACUUAACUCGAUGUCGUAGGAAUUCAUUUUAUUUGUUUUUGGCUUUGUUAAUUUAACUAUGCCGUAACCUUCAAUGUAAAUUGUUACUCAACUGAUUCACUACACCAACUUGUCCAAUCAAGUUCGGGUGCACGUCUCAGGCGAAUAGGCGAACCUCCUUACUCGCCUCGCGUCAUCUGCUAUCCGGUGAUGUCAAUGUAAAUUAAUUUGACCUCUUGUGCUGUUUCAGCGCAAUGGAACCGACUCCACAUUACGCGAAGUGAAACACUUACAUCAAAUAAGUGGCCGUAUCAUUUGAUUGUGGACCUCGGAGGCGGAAGAAGUCAAACACUCAUUCAGUUGACCGGCUUAAAACUGAAAAGUACUGAAGAGCAAAAGUGCGUUUCGCCAUUUUACUACUUGUUUUGCUUUAUAGCAUUGAUAAGGAGAUGUUUCAACUGUUCAUGACACACCCUAGGUAGCCGUUUCAUGCCGGGUCGUGGCCAUGAGUCAUUCUACCGCUAGCUGGAUCAAUCAAUAGCGAACUGAGUUACGCGGCGGGACAAUUGUUUGAUAACUGCUUUCCAGAUACGACGUAAUGUUGCAGUCGAUCCCGCCGAACCAGGUUGAGGAUUCAUUACCAUUUAUCUCAACACCCUUAUCAGAGAUAACACGGUUCGGGUGUGGGGCUGCCCUGUACGAUUGAACGUUCCCGAUCGUCAGUUGCUAGCGCUAUAUUAUAUUAUGCGUUCCGUUGGUCCAUCAUUCACCCGGUCACGAAACGUUCUCUGUUGCGGUUUGCGCUUAUGUCACCUACUUCCGGUUUUAUCUUAUCAGCUGCUGGUCUCAACACGUAGUGGCACUAUAGCUGAGUGAGGGUAGUAGCGUUCAACGCGAGAUAUCGGCAACCAUGUAACGAGCCGUGAUGCUAAUCUAUCUGCGGAUUCAAUAUCCAGUGAAUAAAUAUGUCACGGUCAUUUUUCGCGAUCGGCACGAAAGUAGAAAUUGGCCGCGGAUGUCAACAAUAUUGCCCACAGCAUGCUCGUUGUUUACCGUCAGUGCUAUCUACACUGUCAGUCUAUGUUGCAUGUGAAGUCAAACGUUCAUAUAGCCACCAAGCACCACAUGUAAUGCAUCGACUGCGCAAAACAUUAGUGGAUUCCAAGACGGCUACAACACACAAAUUGAAUACCAGUUUCCGCCAUCCGUCCAAUCGCCCGGUCGCAAAAACAAGUGAAAUUAUGUCCAAGUAAGAGCAAGUAAAGCAUGGCGAAUGACCACAAGUUGAUGAUAACGUAAUGUUCGAUUGCAGCAACGGCCACAGCACACACGUCGAGCGUGACCGACAAUGGAAGAAUGACGUAUAGCCUUUUAGGGGCUUGAUAUGUGGAGUCGCGUGUGAUGUGUCGUCGUUGUAGAGGAAGCAUAUUGUAACACGGAGGAGUAGUAGAGGGUGAAUUCGAAACCCAUGCCGCUAUUGGAUAAAAACAGGUCCAUUGAUUGGGGAGCCUUAUGAGGGAAAUAGAGGUGAAAGAGAAGUUUUUUUUUUCCUACCAGCAAGCCAACGAAGCCAGUCGAGUUGUAUAGUAUACAUGUUAGAACUAGACGAAAGCCAUAACAAGAUUUAGUAUGAAAAACUCAAAAUUAUCGAUCCAUCCAUCGACGAAAUGAUGUGGCGGCCACUGCGCGACUGUUGUAAAUACGAGACACCGUGAGGAUGAUACGACAAUUUCUUUAAUCAAUUACCCUACGCCCAGACCUUGGUAGGUGAAUAGAUAGAUUGUAAAUAAUCGUGCCGCAAAUACCAUCACAACGAGUAGGGAGGGAUAGAGCAUGAGAGCGAAUCGCUUAUUGCGCCACCAUGAUAUGUAUCAUUGGAUGUAAUUCAAUUUAGUGCAUCUGCACGCAUUAUCACGACGCCACAUGCUUCGCAUUCCAAAUCGGGUGCAAAUCAGCAUUUAAUAAUUAGUCACAGUACAGUAUACUAUGUUGUCUUUUUGGUUUUCGAUAGCAUUACCAUUACAUUAUCCGUAACUGUGUGCACCUUUACACACUAAACCAUCCAUAAUGCAAAUGCCAUCACGGCAUUUUUUUUCGAGUGCGCUCCGGGUGUGUCAAUCGAGCUAGACCGCUUGGUUUUACCGUAUACAAUAUAUACACAAAUAUGUAGGAUAUAUUAGACUGGUACUAGAAACGGUAUUCACGACAUUCAUGGUAUUUUAUAGCAAGAAAGUACGAGGAACCCGGUUUUUGAACGAAAAUUUACACCAACACCCUUUUAUCGAUGAUAAGAGUUUGUAUUUUGUAGUAAAGGCCUUACUGUUUACUAUUAUCGCGCAAUAAAAUGGUCCAACAUUUGAUAUAUUUAGAA